AUGAGUUCAACAAACUUCGCCGCUGCACAAGAACGAGUUCUUCAACGUCGUCGCCAGCGUGAGGCGGAAGCGCGCGCCCGCUAUGCAGCACAGCAGCGGGCCUCUCCGAUCAGCCCGGCCACCGUCCAGCGUCUGCCAUAUCCAUUGAAUCGAUUACCCGGUUCGGGGUGGCGGAUAUGGAAUUCCAUCAAGGGCCGGGAAGGCACGCGCCCCGCAUUUCGAGUGGGCCAGGUGGACGCUGAAUUGUUGGAUGAGGAGUUGCUUGGGCUGCUGAAGGGCCAGGUCGGGGAUGCUCUCAAAUACUUCGGGCCUCAAAUGCGCGAAGAUUGGUCACAUGAGAUUCUGUUCGCGUUACGGGCCAUGCUCUUUAAACUAUCAAUAUGGGAUCAUAACGCAUCGUAUGGUGCGGCACUACAAGGCCUCAAAUACACCGAUAGUCGAAGCAAAGGACCCGUUUUCUCUUCUCCGACAAAAUGGCAGAAGGGUAUUUAUGGCUUAUUGACGGUUGGAGGGCGAUAUGCUUGGGACAAGUGGGAGAGCUGGUUGGUCGGACAAGAAGGUGGCUAUGACGAGCCAUCACCGGACAUCCGAAUGCUGUCGCGACUAACAGACAUGAUCUCGACAUCGCACUCGAUUGCUGCCUUCGUCUCUUUCCUGGUAUUCCUAGUGAAUGGCCGAUACCGUACCUUGGUCGAUCGCAUCCUUCGAAUCCGCCUUACUCCACCGUCUGCGCAGGCUAGCCGGGAAGUAUCCUUUGAGUAUUUAAACCGUCAACUAGUUUGGCAUGCUUUUACCGAAUUCCUUCUUUUCCUCCUUCCUCUUGUUGGAAUUGGCCGCUGGCGGCGAUGGAUAUCCCGGGUCUGGAAAAAGAUGGUCAAUUCUGUCCGGUCAAGCGGCGAUGACGACGAGACCCCCGAAAAACAAGGAGAGCUGGCCUUCCUCCCAGAGCGAACCUGUGCUAUCUGCUACUACGAUCAGAACCCCACCACAACGACCGAAAGCGAUACCAUAGCCGCCUCUGCGUCAGGGGGUAUUGUAGGAUCGGCGCAAACUGAUAUCACAAACCCAUAUGAGACCGUCCCUUGCGGCUGUAUCUAUUGUUUCGUCUGUAUUGUGCAGAAACUGGAAGCGGAAGAAGGCCAGGGAUGGUCUUGCCUCCGGUGUGGUGAAAUUGUCAAGAAGUGCCAACCUUGGAAUGGCGAUGUGCUAGAAGAGGCGCGGUCGCAGCCUGGAACUGGGAAGAUUGUUGGCUUUGCCAUUGACGGUGAACUGAAUGGCGAGACCCGUGGGACAGAUCUUCAUCAAGGGGGCUCAUCAAAUAAGUCUAGCCCAUUGCAAGAGAUCAGUGCCGAUGAAGCCCUGCAGCAUUCAGAGCAAUGGUCCACCAUUGAGAAAGAGGCAGAAGAUGAUGGCAGAAGAGGUACGAACGAGGAUGAGGGCCCAAACCCUGCUGCGAUGUGA